AUGAGUCAGAUCGCUCAGCAUGCCUCUGGCUCUAUCUCCUCCCAGUCUGCUGGCCCGGUUGAAUAUGGCGUCCUAUCUGUCGAGUUCUGGCAGGUCAGAACUCGCUUGCACAGGCGAUGGAAACCACUUGUUAUCUUGGAGCUAGACGGUCACCAGUCCCUUAUUGAUCCAUCAAGGCUGAGCCCUGUUGAAGGGCGUCGUGACCUACUGUGGCUACCACAAGGGCGGCGGAGUAUUCUUCACUUGGAUGUAUCUGCUUACGAAACACGAUCCUGUGAGGCAACUGUACAUCUUCUCUUUCGCAACUUUGACUCGAACCGAUCUGCCAGAAAGGAUGACAUGAUGCAUCUUGGGACCGCCAAACUGGGUCCUUUCUUUGGAUCCUUCACCAAAGACCCGCAGACUCUUCAGUUCCACGACGAUGUAGCAACGGUCGACUUAAACGUGUCACUUUCUUGGGGAAACCUUCGGUCUAUACCGAAAUUGAGCUUGUGGGAAAGACUGACACUAAACAUCGGCGAAGUGAGAUUCUCCAAGGAAAUAGAACCGCGAAACCUAUAUUUUAUAUCAACCAUCUCAUCAGGCGACUAUCGGCAUGGGUCGGCUACUAAGUCUUUGAACAACCCUCUGCUUGCACCGGUGAGGUUUGUUUAUGGGUCACCAGGUCUACUUCAUCUGCUGAGUCCUCUACCCGGGGGCGGAUCCCUCUUCAGCCACCUUCAGAGGGAACGACGGUUUCCCAUCGAGCAGGCGCGACUGUAUGCUGCUCAACUUGUGUGCGUUCUGGAGGCGCUACAUGAUAUGGGCAUCACCGCUCUUCUGAGCUCAGAAAAUGUCUUCUUGGACCCGUUUGGUAACAUCCGCGUCUGCACCCCAGCACUAUUCGCUGAGAACGAGUCUCGCAAAAGCCAGCUGGAAUAUCCGCCUCCCGAAGUCCUUCGUGGAGAUGAAGCUACGUCAGCUGGAGACUGGUGGAUCUUGGGAGCCUUUCUCUACGAGAUGAUGGUUGGACUACCCCCAUUCUAUGAUUCGGAUGCGAUCGAGAGAGACCGCAAAGUCCUUAGAGCAACCCUUGAUGUUCCUGCGUACGUACCAAACGCUGCGGCAGAUGUCUUGCGUCGCCUUCUCGAGAAGGACCCCGCAAGCCGUCUGGGUGUAGCGGAUGGAGUAUCAGGGAUCAAGAGUCACAGUUUCUUUCGGGAUCUAGACUGGCACGCCCUCCUUGCCAAAGGGCCUCAACACUUGCUGAGCCCUUUCAUACCACCACCAAUAUUAUUGGUCAACACCUUCCGCAACGAAACAACUGCCUCUAAGAAGCCGCCAAAGCAUCCCGAAGAGUACGAAGAGAGAGAUGGAUACCUAUACAAACUGAUCGAUUUUCUUGGCGGCUCGAAGGUCCCAAUGCCGCAAGGUCAAGUGAGAAACUCGUCUGAAAUUUCCAACCCAGUUCUUCCCGAGCCAAUCGAGCAGCCGGAUCCGACCGAGACUGCAGACCACCUUGGUCAAGCUAACAGUUCGAGCUCUGAACGUGCCAAGGCGCUGCUCAAAGAGGCUUUGUACAAAGGUUGGGACCUGCAAGCAGUGGCCCAUAUAUUUGACAGCUGCGCGGUCGGGGUUGCAGAUUUGUUGAACUCUUCAAUCGUUCAGGUCAGGCAGGCCCCUAUUGGGGUAAUCGUAAGUGAACUUUGGGAGAGAGAAAGAGCAGAUAUCACACCCCUCGAAUGGGCUGUGGAACUCGGGCGAGCCGAUCUCGUGAGCCUUUUCUUGGACCGCGGCGCUGACGCCGAUCGGACAUAUGACGAGGUGGACGGCCCCGGUUUGAUGAGGGCAGCGAGGAGGAGAGAUAUACCCCUUGUAGAGCUCCUAGGUUCGAGGACCAGCCGCAUCUUUUGUAUCAGGGCGCUCUGCUUGGCGGUAGAACUGAGGGAUACCUCGAUGGCGGAGGCGAUGGUUGCCCAAGGAGUCCCAUGUGACUUUGAGGAGGGUGACCGGCUCUUGCCCGCCCCAUCGAGGCCACCCAGUCCUUGGGAUUUCCAGUGCGGUUCCAACACAGAUCUGCCAGAGCCACACUACCAUAUCUCUCCCCUGGUAAGGGCGGCAAGGCAUGGUGAUACGAAUAUGGUGCGAUUCCUGCUAGACAACGGCGCUGACGCCAAUGCGGCAUAUCAUUGCUUGGAUAGCUUCGUCCCCGACUACAAUACUUCAUGGCAAGAAGAGAUAGAACUCCGGGACAAGCGGAAGAAUGGGACGGGCUGCGGACGGGUUGUGCAGUUGGCAAUGUGGCUAGGAUACAGAGACGUCGUCGAGGCGCUGUUGGCCGGCGGAGCGGAUAUCGAUCUGCCUCAUCCAGAGUGGAGAGUACCGGACCACACCUGCUAUUUGACUUGCCGUAGCUCGUAUCUCCAGAUCACGGCGGAACUAGAAGAUGCGAUGAGGGCUGUAGUUCAGGGCACGACUCGGGGAAAGCCGGCUUUGAGUGGUUAG